AUGUCGAAACACAUGGGGAGAGGAGGCGCUGGUGUCAUCCUACAUGAUCACGCCGGGGCGUUCCGAGCUGCUUCAUGUCAUGUACUGGUGACGGCAACCGACCCGGAGAUGGUGGAACUGUUGGCUUGCAAGAAGGCGAUCGAUCUGGCGAGAAGAGUUGGGGUUGGCAAACUCCACCUUGAGAGUGAUUCGGCAGGAGUAGUGGCCAUGCUCAAUAACCAGGAGAAGAACCUCUCUGCCGUGGGGCCAACUGUCGAGGACGUCAAGUCGAGACUGAAGGAAUUUGAUGAGUUUAGAGUUUCGUGGGUUAGCCGUAGUGCGAAUGCCGCCGCUGAUAGAUUAGCUAAGGUGGGAAUGGGAGAUGAGCUCAACUCGGUGUGGCUCUCAUCACCGCCAGACUACAUUUUGCAUAUUGUUUCGGACGAGAUUCCAACGUUUUCUUAA